UUUCGUUUCAUAUACUUAAAUACUUAUUUAUGUUUAUUUCUCAUAAAUGCAAUACGUUUGUAUAUAAGUGCAAUCUUUUUAUAGUUUUGAAAAGGGUUAAUUUCCUUGAUGUCACUGUUGGUUACUGUAACCACCUAUAUAAUCUCAGUAAUUAGUCACUGCUAAUCUAUAUAAUGGAAGCAUGUAUUUUAUAGAAGUACUUGAGCGUUAUUUCACAGUACAUUUCGUAUUUUUAUUAAUAUAAAUACCUAUAUAUUUGAUAAAAUUGUGUAUACAUAUAUAUGAAACCAUGUUUUAAGUGCAAUGCAUUUGACCGGCAUUUGUUUUGAACUUGUUUGAACUUGCUACAAAUGUGAAGUUUAAUUUCAAGUGAGUAACGCUAUUCAAACCGAAUUAAAUAAAAUAUAAUCGCAUGUUAUUUUUUACUACAUAUACGAAUAAAAACAAAUGCAUUGUAUUUAUAAAUUACGCUAAGAACAUAUAUAAAUACAUAUUAUACACACAUGGUUGUUUGGUCAAAGAGGUUAAUCUAUUUUAUUGUUUAAAAUUUUACAUUUUUGAAGUUGUGAUACAUUUAAAUACCUUUAAUGAAGUAAAAGCAGCAUGUAUGUUGUUAUGCAAUGAAAUUGAUUUAUUGAGAUAAGAAUAAUGUCACAGCAAAGACAUAUUGAUGAGUUUUUUAAAGUAGUAAGUAAUAAACGAACAUCAGGCAUUACAGUGAAAGAUAAACAACGUUUUAGAAGUACACCAUAUUCAAGAAGUAAAAAGAAAAGAUUGAGUUUAACAAAAAAUGUGGAAUCUAACUCAAUGGCAGAUUGCACAAUUAUACAUGAAAACAUUAAUAAUUCAUAUUUAAGUAAUUUAAAAGCUUCUCCAAUUAAGCACAAGACACAAAACAAUGAAUGUGCAUUCUCAAUAGAUGCAGUUGAAGAAAAACUGUCAAAUAAUAACGAAUUGGAAAGUUCCUUAUCCAUUAGUAAAAUAUUAUCAAAUAAUGAGAAUACAGAGUUGAUGAAAACACCAACAAAGAAGAACAAAACAGAUAGCUCUUUAAGCCCUGCCAAAUCAUUAAAGAAGGAACCAAGCACCCCUAAAAACAAUCAUUCAGUAAGAGGUUCUAAUAGUCCUAAAACUGGAAGUAGCCCUAAAAAAUUAAAUUAUUCUCCAAAAGUGCCAUCUGGUAAAUCUCCAAGAAACAGUUGCAAAUCUCUGUUUGGUCAUACCAUAGAUGUUAUCAAAAAUCAAGCAGUUGAACAUAUGAAUUUAGCAAAGCAAGGUGCUAUUUCAUAUAAUUGUUUUAAUCUAGAAGAAAUAUAUUCAAAAGGUGAAUUUGAUUAUCAUUAUAAUCAUGUAAACACUAAAACUUCAGUGAAGUACGAAUCAAGUGAAAUAAUUUCACCUACAGAUUUACAUGCUAAAACUUUGUUCAUUACUAUUUUCACUGUCUUCUCUAAUCCCAUAAAUUGUGGAUAUUUUGAUGAAAAUGAACUGGACUUCGUAUAUUCCAUAAUUACUCUGCCUAGUCAGGCUCAAACAUUGCUGGCACAUAUGAUAAAAAGAAAAAGGACAUGGUUCAGAGGAAAUAAUAUUAAAUAUCCAGAUAUAGCUCCAGAUUUGAAAGACGUGUUUACAACUCUUGUUUCACGAUCUAUCUGUACAUUUAACAUUGAAAAUACAAAUUUAGCUACAAUACUUGAGCUGCUACAAGUGGAUGAAAUUCGUCAGCUUUGCCAGGAUAUGAAUAUUAAGCCUAACGUAAACAAAAAAAAUAACAUAUGUAAAUUGUUAAAAUUAUCGAACACGCAAUCUCUAUUUCCUGGAAUGAAAAGUCCAAGUACAGUUUUAUAUUCUUCAGUUGUUCGUAUGCUCGAUUAUUGUGUAUGCAUUACUGAUAAAACAUGGAAUAUUAUUGAUAAAAUAUUAACGUUGUUAAUACCGAAUCAAGAUCCACAAAUAAGCGUAGCUGAAACAUUUUUUACAUUAUGUAAUAUUUAUGUAGGAAAUGUAACAUUUCCUAACAUUCCUGAGAAACGUUUCCCAAUAUUUUCUUCCAACUUGCAUUUGAUGAGCUAUAUCACAGCUAAAGCAACACUGUCUAUAACAUUACAACUAAUUGACAAAAAGAAGUGGACAGAGGUACAAGACUGUGGUAAAUUAGCCAUAAAUACAUUAUCAAACACGUUAAAGGAAUCAUUUAGGUUAAAAAUUUCCUUGCUUCCACUGCAUGUAAGACGCUAUAUGCCGGUAUAUGUAUGGCUGAAAAUACUUUCUGUGUGUAUAGACGCAUUUAAAAAAGAUAAAGAUAAGACACAAGUAGUGGAAGUUUUACAUUUCUUACUAGAACACGAUUAUUAUAUCCAUACGAAGAAAGGAAAAUGGUAUGCUGAAUUAGCUCUCAUUGAAAUGUAUCACCAUAAAAAUCUAGAAGCUAGUGCAUCGGUAAUAAUGAAAGCCUUAAGCACAGAACACUUAACGCGAGUAGAUAAAGUAGAUCUUAUAGAAAGAGCACAAAGAAUUCUAAAGAAGAAAACUGGACUGAAACCCAUAACAAAACUUAAUAUGAAUAAAACUUUAGAUGAACAUAUUCAUCAGAUGCCGAAAUAUGAUGCUGCAUCUAAUAUUAUAAGUGCUGUAUUGAUGCCUGAAAGUGGUGCAAGAAAGAAGACCAUUUGGUGUAUAAAAAGUAAUGCUAAAGGUCAAAGUUUUGGAUCAGUAGAAACACUUGCAUUGAAUCAUUACUGUGAGAAAGGAUUUUCUAAUGGAUUGCACUGUGAAGGUGCAUUACCAAUUACCUUAUUUUUUACUUUAUUUUGGGAAGAACUAUUUGAUAUACAUGUUCCUGGAACAUUUGUUUCGCCAUAUCAAUACGCUCCAGAUGAUUUAUUUACAGAAGAAUUAUUUUACGAAAAUAGGAAAGAAAGAAUAGACAUGAAACUUCAGAUUGCUAGUAAUUUAAAUUGUUUAGCAUUAAGCACCUUCAUGGAAGAUAAGUUUAAAGUCUGUGUUCAAUAUCAGUCAAUAAUGCCAACAAAUUUACUGAAAGAUAGUCUACAGUUGAAAGAAAUAGUAUAUUGUUUAGGAGUUCAAGGUGUUGUAGGCAUCUGUAGACGACUUGUUGAAAAUUUUAAACUUUGGAAAGCUGGAUUUCCAGAUUUAAUUGUAUGGAAUUUUAAAACCAAAGAACAUAAAAUUGUAGAAGUAAAAGGUCCACGAGAUAGCCUUUCAACAAAGCAACGAUUAUGGUUGGAAUAUUUAAAUCAACUUGGACUCAAUACUGAACUAUGUGUAGUAGAAGCUAAACAAGAAAAGAUAAAACAGUUUGAUGAAUAUGAAUAAGUACUUUGCAUGCAAGUUCGUAUAUAUUAUAAAACAAAAUGUUUUAAAUAUUAUAUGAACGUGCCAUUUGUAAGACCUUUUAAAAGUGAUCAAAUUUUAUUUUUUUUUUUUAUAUGGACUAUAUUACUAUUUUAUCUAUGAAAUAUCUCGAAAGUUAACUUACUCGAAAUGUCUGGAAGCAGGAGUCAUUUCUAAAUUAAAUUCAGCAACGGGAAUGCCUCGAUUCGCUGCUUGGGGUGCAAACAUUGCUGCAGGAUACACAAUAGAUGAUGUACCGAUAACUAGGCAAACGUCACAAUUCUCAACAGCAUUAACUAGUAUUAUAAGGCAAAACCAAACAUAUUUUUAUUUUAUUAAACCAUUAUACGUAUGUGUAUAUAUAUAUAUAUUUUUUAUAUGAACCAAAAAUUUUAAACUAAAUUGUUAUAAUUCCAUAUUGUGAUACAAUAUAUUAUUAAAAGAUUUAUUUUAUAAUGUACAUCUAUUUAUGUACAGAAGUACUUACAGGCCUGUUUAAGUACAUCUUCAUUUAAAUUUUCACCGAACCAUACAAUAUGUGGUCUUAACAAACCUUUACAAUUUGUUUUCUGACAUCUUGGUAAAUCUUUUUUUGGAAUAUCAGAUACCAUAAUCUUUGGAUCUGGAGAUCUGCAUAUGUUUAUAAGAAUUGUAGAUCAAUGUGAGUUGAUUUAUCUACAUUUUACAAAAUUACACUUUACCCCUUUCCUUCUAAUGCAGGACAUAUUGGGAUAUUUUUAUUUGCAGAAACCUCGUGGCAAACUGUACAACGGGUUUUAAAAAGUGAACCAUGAAGCUCUAUUACGUUUUUCGCUCCAGCUCUUUGAUGAAGUUCAUCAAUGUUUUGUGUUACAAUAGUAACAUUUUUACCAGCUUUUAAACUACGGUCUUGAAAAGUUGCUAUUGCUUCGUGAGCCUAAAAACUGCAGUUUGUAAAUACUGUGACCGAAUAUCAAAAGAAAUGAUUACCUGUGUA